UCGCGUUUUCUCUACAGAAACUCCUACCUUUCCUGUUUCUCCUCUCGCCAGAAGUUAGAAGGAGAGUAUCUUUGCUGAUUAACUCCGAAGGGGGAGGCUCUUGUGAUUCGAUUUAAAUACUCAAGGUCUCGCUUCUUCGGCCAUUUAACUUCCUUGAAUAUCCCAUUCAUCUCUCCCCCCAAGAUAAGCUUUUUCUUUUGUGUCUAUGUCUGCCAUGAAUGCCCACUUGUGCAUUUAUAAUCAAAGGGGCCAGUUUUCCUAAGCUUAUUUAUUAUUACCUGCCCUCUACUUCGUCUUUCCAUUUUUCCUUUCCUGAGUAACCCGGUGGAUGCGGACUACCUACAAAGCCAAGGCAUGGUAGUGGAUUUUUGGUAUUCGUCAUAGCAGCAAAAUGCUUUCUCUGAGGGAUUUUUGGAGGCGGCAUAGGAGGAAGAUUUUCGUUAGUGCUGGUGUUUUCGGAAGUGGGUAUCUUUUGUAUAAGCUGUAUGGUGCUCACAGGCGUAGACUUGAUGCAUUGGAGACAGAACUCGCAGUUCAGAGAGAAAAUGAGGAGCUCAUCAAGGCUCAGAUGCAAGCUCACUUCGAGAAUAUUCAGAUGAUUUCUGAUACAAUAACGUUGCCUCAUGCAAUGCACUAUUUGAGUUGUCGGAUCGCGGAAGAUCUGGAUCUUUCUCAGCUUCUUGAGAGGCUAAUUCAAGGAAAGGGGCAACCAAACACGUUAACAAAUUCAGAGAAACUAGAAUUAUGGGAUAGACUCAAAAUAUUAAGUUUCACGAGAAUGGCACUGUCAAUAUGGGCGACAACAAUGCUUAGCUUAUAUGUAAAAGUUCAAGUCAAUAUACUGGGAAGGGUUCUAUACAUUGAUAUUGCACGAAGCCUUGGAAGCUCCAAUAUGAUGGAGAGUAGGGACGUUGUUGAUAGGGAAGACCAGCAGAAAUUCCUUGGAAGCAUAGAUUUUCUCUCUCAACAUGGUAUACCUUCCUUGGUUUCUGAUAUGGAGUUGGCAACUAAAGAAGUUCUCAAAGGAAAGCAGUUGAGAGAUUUCUUCAACAAUAAAGCACUCCAUGAAACUAUCAUGCAGAUACUCAACACAUUCAUGAGCACAGGAAGUCCGCACUCCUGGGUAAAGUACAUGAUGCCUGAGGCUAUUGAAUCACAUACAGCAGCCUCCAGCAGUGUUGAUCCUGUUCCUUUGGACACGAUUGGAUUAGGUCAGCUAAUGGCAGAGGCACGGGCAGUGUUAACGAGUGCCGAAUUUGGAAACAUUUUGGAGAUAUCUUUGAAAGCAGUGGUGGACACACUUGUGGAGCUUAUGGGGGCUAAAUUUGGAGGGGGGAAUUUAACUUCAGGCGUGCCGCUGGCCAAAUUAUUGCCUCAAAUUGCACACACGUGUCCCUAUCUAUUCGAAGAACUUGGCAAAAAUCAGUUCAUCCAGACCAUAAAAGGUAUACCUGAGGUUGAACGUUUUUUCACCCUCCUCUAUGCAAAUGUAUCAAGCGCGUAGAGCAGUAUAAGUUAUGCUUCAAGUGAAAAAUCGAAAAGGAAAAAAAAAAAAGGAGAGAGAGAGAUUAAAUUUAUUUUAUGGAAAGCACGAGGCAUCAAUGUAAAAUAGUUUAAAGAGGUCCAAAAGGCUUCCUGAAAGAAUUAAUUGCAUAGUAGCUCAGUCGUUAUUCUAGGUCUCAUCAGCAUGGAAAAUUUUUCUUCCGCUGUAGUUAAUGUUGUACACUGCUGCUUCCUUGGCUUUAACUUGGCCCUCAGAGGAACUGUCUUUUCGGACUGCAGUUGCCUUUUUAUCAGUAGUCUGUACUGUAUAGACAAUAAUGUUUUUCAUGAUUUCAUCCAUUUCUUUGUUCA